UUGCUACAUGCGUUCAAAACUGAUCACAACAACACGUCUCUUUUAAGCUUUUUUUUUUUGGAAAGUUAACUAAACUCGAGACAUUAUGAGUGUCUCGCUGAUUAAUUUAUUCAAGCGUGUUAACUUUCGCGAGACGGUAAAUGCUCCUAGAAGGCUAACCAAUCUGUUAGAGCUUAGUCAGUGGAGCAGAGGCUUGAAAACAGUGCAUUUGGAAUGGAAGCGACCCGAAAAGCUGGGGAGCAUUCACCCAAAGAACAGCGGUGACCUUGAGCCGCUGCCGGAACUGGACAAAUCGGAGGUUUUCCAGGAAUUCAAAGACGCCGGCAUCGACAUCGAGAAAAUGUCGCAGGAGCAGCGCAAGUUGUACACUCUGGGCUUUUUACCAGCCAUGUACGCUCACCGAACGCAACUGCAGAACGCCCUGAGCAAGGUGCAACGGCACCAGUUCGACACGGACUCCAUUGAAGCCAAAAUUGCUCGUGCCACUGUUAACAUCAGACGGCUGCAAAAUAUGCUGGCACAGGAACCCAGGAAUAAGAAACAAAAGGUGUUUCUCAAAGAAUUGAUAGAUAAGAGGAAAAGUAUGCUGAAUAAACUGCGAGAGGCUGAUUACAAACGUUUCGAGUGGCUGAUUGAACAGCUCAACAUAGAAUAUCGUCCACAACCAGAGAAUACAGCUAGAAUCACUAGAAAGAACUCGCUGCGGAUGCUGACUGAAGAGUAUUGCGACAAAGUGAAGAAUGAUCGAUUAGAGGCGCUCAAGAAAAAGAUGCAAGUUGAGAAGGAAAAGUUUGAAAUUGAGAAGAAACAAAUCCUUGAGUGGAUUGAAAAGGAGGAGGCCGCUUGUGAACAGUUAAAACAGUUGAUAUCUCAGUGAUUUGCACCAAAAUUCUGAUUGUUUCAUUAGGUGUCAAUAAAUUAAAGAUUAAUAAUGCUGCGUUUAUUUCAAA